CAUGAGCACAGUCCGACCAGACAGUCAUGCACAGCAAUUUGGUCGGAGAAGGUCUAAUACUGCACAAUCAAUCUUUCGCAAUCCCCCUGGACCACCACCACAACCUCUGAAACUCGGAGAUGUCAAAGUUCUCAAUUCAUGGGUACACGACCAGAAGGAGUCUUCCACCGCUAUAUUGAAUCAAACAUGGUUGCCCGGUGUGGCAGAGGGAGACAUGCUACAAGUCUCAGGUUGCAAUACAGUAAAUGCUACUGCUGGGUAUCUAUUCAUGGUUCCAAAGGACGAAGGCUGCUCGAAACCCGCAUUACAGAUUUCACUUCCAAAGAAUGUUGCAGACGCGUUUGGAAUCAAGAACAAUGGCGAGGUGGCCGUAACGAAAGUGGACAAGCAGCAGUAUUGUGCAGACUAUAUCGAGUUCACAUUCCAAGACCAAUAUCUUGGUCGAAAUGAGAUGUGGAGACUAGCAGAGCACCUUGUAGGGCAGUGUGUAUUUGUCGAUCAGGAGAUAUCCUUCAUAAGCGUGAUCGCCGCCAAGAUACAAUCCAUCUAUGUCAAGGGUCGAAGAGUAUCUGCAGGAUACGUUACUGCCACUACCAAAGCAAUAUACCGGUCUCUCUCUGCGAAAGUGACAAUCUUCAUUCAAGUCUGCCGUGAACUCUGGGAAUUUGCGGGAGAUGGUGAACGCUACAAUGAGAAAAUCGUACACUCGUUUCUCCCUGCCUUAUUUGCCAAGUGGCGCGAGGCUGGGACGAAUCAUACAGUGACCAUCGUGCUUAUCUCGAGGGUGUAUUACGAUGACUCCGAAAAAGAGUAUACCGCAGGGCCUCUAAGACUGGAUGAAGAUGGUCGACGGUACAAGGAUUUUUACAAGGUCAUUACUGACUUGGAAGUCAUCCAUGACUGGAAACCUACACUUGUGGGACUCAAAGUGUCCUUCUGGGCUUUUCAAAGGGACAUCUUACUCGCCCAUCACUACCAUCAAGCUUCCGUCGAAUCUAUAGCACCAGAGCAAGCCAGACUCGUUGGUCAGCUAUCGGAUGCGCAUGACGGACCUAUUUUGGAGGCUCUCAACUUGGGUCUUAACCCAAAUGAAACGCAUUACAUUGAUCGCUCACUGUCAAACACUGGGGCGUCAAUCAUCCUCAUCACUCCCGGUACAGGCUAUUACAAAGUAUCCAAGCAAUUGCUCCGAUUAACCACAACUCGCAUGCUUGACCAGGGUUUCGGUUUGGAUCUCGUAUCAUUAGCAAAACGCCCUUUACACCAGACUCCCAUAUUCGCUUUCAAGGGAUACGAGCCACGCUUGGAUAAGGAUGGGAAGAACGGAGGUCGAGCCCUCGAUCCGCUCUGGGGAGGUGAUGAAGACCUAGAGGAGUCCAGGAGAUUGGAGAAGAUUACGUUCUGGUGGGAGCCAUUCUGGAUAGGUAUCUCCUUCUGGGACAAGCAGAUGGAUCUACCUUUUCGCGAGGAUAGGUUUGUUGCCAGAGCAAAAAUGCAUCAGAUACAGAUGCUUGGGCUACUCGAGCAUGACGUCCUUUCUGGCAUAGAGGUCCCUUACCUCCCAGAGUUACAUGACCCAUACGCCAUGCCCCCACGAGACAGCUUUCCGGAAGAUGACCGUGCUCCCACACAAGCAGAAGCUGAUCAAGCCGACAUGGAUCUGUUCGUCUUGAAGAAAGAGCCCCGACCCGUCGCCAGCACGCGCACUUCAUAUGGAUCUUCUGCAAGUGGAACUGUCAUGGCCUCGUCCUAUCGUUCAUCGAUCAUGAGUGAGAGACGUGGGCUAGCAUCGCAACGCAGUUCUAUCGCCUCCACGCGUAUAGCACCCAUUGAAGAAAGUCCCAGAAAAAUCAUCAUGGAUCUACCUCCUGAAGGCAAUGAAGAUGGGUUGCUACCCUCCGUAACCGGACUCAGCACAUCUCCUUCGCAGUCUAUACGCUCAGUGAGAACCAACGCAUCUACUACUUCCAAUAACGGAAGUGACCUUCAAUCCCGCAACGCGGGCUCUUCACGUCUUGCUAAAAUUGCAUCGUCUUGGUUUUACAAUGCCUUUCAAAGAAGCUCGAGUGACUCUCAGACAUCUUCGAUUGCUGCCUCAUCAGUCACAGGUUCCAUAUCUCCCCCCACUCCAAACAUGCGCAUCCCGAUCACGUCAAAUCUCUCCGCUACACCCUCUGCCUCGCUUUCCCGCUCACCUCAACCAAUGGCCAUAUUACAUGGUGCAUCGGGUCGAUCGGCUCUGAGCAGGACGUAUGAGGAAGAAGGCAAUUUUGCGCAUCGAAGUUCCUUGAAUCGGCAUUCACCGAUGAACACCCCUCCCCGUGAUGAAAGCACUUUUGGGAAGAGGCGCAAUACGACACUAAAUGCACUAAACCUACUUUUCUCGUCGUCUUCCCCAGUCCCCACUCUUCGCACCAAUCCGUCGCGACCUCAACCUACAGUCUCGUACGCACAGUCUUCACUUGCCAGACGCCGACAGCAUGUGUUUCCUACGCCCACGUACAAGCACGAGGUGAAAUGGAAGUCCAUGGUCACUCCAGCGUGUCUUCCGCUCACGAUGGACCACUUCCCCAGCAAUUCAGAGCUGGAAUUGUCAUAUGAUGUAUUCUCGUAUGACUUUGUCGUCGAUCCGACAGAGAUGCGUUCCUUCCUGGUGAAACCGCCUCCUGCUCAGGGGAACACCGAGGAAGUGCGCCGUGCGUGGGCACUCACUGUAAUGCGUGGUAUGGUUGCCGUCCGACUUGCACAAGGGUUCCAGUUUGUCUUGCGACCACGUAAAACGGGUGACAGUGAAGACCACACGACCAUGCGGCGGACGAAAUCUUUCAUGGGCGAGGACGAUGCAUCGCCAAAGCCAGCUGGGGCAGCGGAAGUUCUCAAGACCACCAAUCUACCUGUUUACUUGAGCAUGAGCAAUGAGAUUCACCGGAUAUCUUACACUGGCGAGGCGAUCCAGGUGAGGCGAUAUGUUAGAAGAAUGCCGCCGACCCAGCCCUUUGAGUACGAGUGUCUCAUCUGGCCUAAGCUCGGUGUGGGGUAUACGGAGUUGAAGACAAAGUUCGUCUCACAUGGACUGGAAAAUUUCGGCUGGAACAGAUUGGAUAUGUUGGUUGCUGGCUAUGAACAUCAAUUUAAUGAAUCCUUGCGAUACUGGCGGACUAGGUUCGUAGUCAUACCGUCCGCCGUCCCUGAGGGUAAUGUGGGACCCUCUGGAGAGAAGCUCAAUGAUGAAGAAAUUCGGCUUAUGGGAAUUGACAAGCUUGCCGAGAUAUUCACAAAAUUGCGGUGGCAACCUCCAGAUGAGCGCGGUACGCCCGUUGCACCCGUGCGCUUCCUCCCUACGACACUCGGCCCUGUGCACUGUGUCCUGGAUGAGUCGCUUGUGGCACAACUGGACGAAAUACAUGCUGCGGGACCUCUGAAGAAGAAAAUGCAGAGUACCAGGGAAAUCGCAGACACCCCUCUUUCGUUGAUAGCGAAACUCAUGCGUGAAGAGGACGGCGUACCGAUCAAGUUUCAUCAAUGGCAUGGAGCGAAGUAUCCUGAUUCUUUCACUGGGUUUGACUUUGUUUCGUGGCUUGUGCGCGAGUUCCGAGAUGUGACGUCAAGGGAGCAAGGUGCUGAAUGCGGGGCGAGGCUCCUUGAACAAGGGUUGUUCUCUCAUUGCCGAGGGCGCCACGGCUUACUGGACGGGCAAGUUCCUCGGAUGUUUGAUACUACAAAUUGGACUAAUUUGUCAUUCCGCCACAGGCACUACUUCUAUCAGCUAAAUGGUGAAUAUGCAAGCGUUAGCACCCCAAGAGGAGGGUGGAUCAAGACAUCUCGUUAUAUUAACGGCGAUGAGGUCAGCAUCACUAGACCAGGGGGAGGAUAUUACCCAUCCAGUCUUGGUAGACCCUCGGGGCCUAGGCGCAACAGGAAGUGCCUGAUCCUGAGUCAAACUAUGAUAAUUGAUGUUGAUCCCACCAAGAGGAGUGACCAGGCUGAAUCAGUAGUUCUUCACCACGACAUUAUCCAAAACCCUGGGACAGUAUUUCACUUCGAGCUGCAGUGGAUCGGAUCCACUGCGCGUUGCAUUGAAGACUCGCUGCGGCAAUGGAGUCGGGCGAUUGAAAGGUACGGCCUCAAAUUGGUCGAGGCCUAUGUCAUGGAAAUUGGCGACAUACGAGAACGCAACGCGUUCCAGUCUUGCUUCCCUUUGCGUUUGGUAAUACCGCCACCCAUUGUUCCGGGUCUUGAGAAGCGCGUACCUGAAGGAACGCAUACAACGCAUUACUUCGAAUAUGCAAUUCUCAAACGCUUUGACUUCAUCCUCGAUGUGGAAGCCACCAACCUAUACCCGAAGGAUGUAGAGGUCUCCUACUCUUACCGCCGAGCACCUUUCAAACAUUCGCAAUUUGUGCAUCGGUCUGGUGUCGCAUUUGUGCAGGUUAUAGGCGGUUCGCAGGGACUGCUGUUCCUGACCAACCGUUUGUUGGGUCCAGGUCGCAUGGGCAGUGCGAUGAAGAGUAAGGAGCAGAGACCUGAAGCUGCGGCGGAAGAGAUUCGGAUAAAGAUGCAGGAGUUCUGCUCAGAUGAAGCUGCGUUGAUGCAGUUUUAUGAUGAGGAGCUGGCUGCUCUUGGGCCGGACGACCCUCCACCACUUAGUAUAUGAUGUGUU